AUGGGCUACACCUCAGUGUUCUUCGCCCGUCAGCACUAUUUAGAAAAAGAGGCUCGAUUAAAAAACAAGAGUCUGGAGUUUAUUUGGAACACCUCUGAUGAUCUAAAGACGCAGAUUUUGGGCGGCUCCUUUUUCCAAGACGACUAUGGACCACCGAAAGGUUUCUGUUUUGACGCUCUUCUCAUUCUGAUCAUGCAUUGUCUGAAGAAAUUAGUUCAGUCGUCAUUCCUUCGUUCAUCUCACGUAAUGCUAUUGAUGGGAAGUGACUUCCAAUAUACAGACGCCAACACAUGGUACACGAAUCUGGACAAGCUGAUACAACAUGUGAACGGGAAUGCCACCCACGGUCUACACGUGUUCUAUUCCACUCCAUCAUGCUAUGUGAAAGGCCUCACAGAGUCAUCGACUACACGUUUGCCCACAAAGGAUGAUGAUUUCUUUCCGUAUGCUUCGUCUAAUAUCUCCUAUUGGACUGGAUAUUUCACAAGUCGGCCAACUUUCAAGCGUAUGAUCCGAGAAGCCAGUGCUCUUCUUCAGUAUCUCUUGUCAUUCAGCUUAUGUAAACAACUUGAUGCGUUAGCCGAUUUGGGUCCUGAAGACGAUGCCGAUGUCCAGAAGAUGGCACAAGCUUCUGCCUUGGUGCAACAUCACGACGCUGUCACAGGUACUGCUAAAGAAAACGUAACCAGAGACUACGAGAAGCGGCUCGCCAAUGCGAUGAAAGAGGGAGAAAUAGUGAUCAACGAUUACCUGAAAAAGGUCUAUCCAAAGAAUGAUGCGAAGCCUCCACGACAUUAUCUUUGCCCUCUGAUCAAUGAAACACUCUGCCAUCCUAUCAAGGAUGAAUCAACCUUUGCGGUGACCGUCUUCAACAGUAACUCGCGAAAGCUGUCGACUGUGGUUACGAUACCAUACUAUUCGAAACAGGUCAUGGUGAGGAACGCGACAGGGGCUCGAAUAGCUGUGGAGGUGAGACAGAUAUUGCCUCUCUUAAAAGCUCACAUCCCUAUGCAGAUUCCAAACUAG